AUGCCUGUUCUGUCCCAUAUCCCCGUCUCCCAAGUGACAAUCGGAAGAAUACGUGCCUAUAGACUGGCCGGGAGCAAAUUGAUAUUCUUCGAUAUCUUCCAGGAUGGACACAAGGUCCAGGUUAUGUGCAACAUUCGCAAGCUGGACGGAGUAGCUCCCGAUGCUUUCAAGAGAUUCUACCGUCUCCUUCGCCGCGGCGAUACUUUCUCCGUAACAGGUAAACCACACCGCACAGGAACCGGAGAGCUCACUGUUCUUGCAACUGAGCUUCCUCGGUUGCUGUCGCCUUGCCUGCACGAUGUCCCCGUCGACGCCGAAGAGCAUGAGACCUCUCCCUACCCACGCCAUGUCCAGUUCCUUGCCGACCAGAAGGCGGCAGAUAUCGUUCGAGCUCGAUCAGCUAUAAUUCAAUUUCUGCGCCAGUUCUUUCUCGACAGAUCGUUUAUGGAAGUCAGCACUCCCAUCAUUGGCUCGAUAGCUGGCGGAGCGAUUGCCCGCCCGUUUCAAACUUCUGCUACCGAAUUUCCCGACAGGCAGCUGUCUCUGAGAAUCGCGCCAGAGCUAUGGCUGAAGCGCUUAGUCGUCGGUGGGUUCGACAAAGUGUUCGAGAUUGGCCCAUCAUUUCGGAACGAAGGCCUGGACAAAACGCAUAAUCCCGAAUUUACAACCUGUGAAUUCUACCAUGCAUACGCCAACCUGGAAGAUCUGAUGUCCAUCACAGAGAACCUCCUAUCAGGCAUGGCGGCACAUAUUCAGGAGUUCAACGAGAACGCUAGCCUGAAACCACCAGAAGUCGACUUCUCGGCUCCCUUCCGUCGAGUAGACUUUACCACCGGCAUUGAAGACAAGAUUGGUCGCAGACUCCCCGACCUCACCACGCCAGAUGCCCUAGACCAUGUCAACCAGCUAUUCAGAGACCUUUCCCUUCCUAUUCCCAAGGACCCCACUCUUCCCCGUCUCCUGGACGAGCUCUGCGGCACCUACCUCGAACCCGAAUGCAUCAACCCGACCUUCAUCAUUAAUCCUCCAGAGUGUCUCUCCCCCCUGUCAAAGUCCUUCAUCCACCCCGUCAAUCAGCAGCGUGUCGCAGCGCGCGCGGAGCUGUUCAUCGACGGACGGGAGAUCGUUAACACCUAUGAAGAGGAGAAUUCUCCCUUUGAGCAGAGACGGAAAUUCGAGGACCAAGUCCGCUACAGUAAGGGCACCGAUGAGCCCGCGGAGAUUGAUGAGAGCUACCUUGAAGCGUUGGAGUGGGGGUUGCCUUCUACCGGUGGAUGGGGCUGUGGCAUUGAUCGCCUCUGCAUGCUCUUCACCGGUGCAAAGAGGAUCGGGGAUGUCCUUCCUUUUGGAAACCUUCGCGCCGUAACCCGUCGCCAUGAUGGUCUUUCGAGGACUACCGAUUGA